CGGCGCGCGUUUAGCAAAAUCAAACUUACUGGCCGCUGUUUGCGCUCAGUUUAAAUUUCUGACGCCCUCGAAGCGCCCCACAGCUGUAUCCGACAGCGCCGCGCCGAGAAACGCCAGCCCACGCGCGCAAACACGGCGCGCUCCCGGCUGCUCUCCCUCGCCCUCGUCCUCAGCGCCGCGACGGCCCUCCGCCCAAUAAUCACGCGAGUCGCCAGGAUGCUCGGCACCAAGCCCCAAGCACCGAAGGACGGCGUCGCCUGCAUCGUCGCCGCGACGGCCCAGAUGGGCAUCGGGAGGGACGGCGCGCUGCCCUGGCGUCUGAAGGGCGACAUGGCCUACUUUAAGCGCGUGACGACGGAGGCGCCCGCCUCGCAACAGAAUGCUGUUGUGAUGGGCCGGAAGACGUGGCUCUCGAUUCCCAAGAAGUUCCGCCCGUUACCUGGUAGAGCCAACGUCGUCCUCUCGAGAAACCCCGACGCUAGAGAACAGCUAGAUCUCCCGGAGGACGUCGCGUGUUACGCUUCGCUAGACGCGGCAUUGACGCAGAUGAAGGCGCGCGAGGACGUCGCGAAAGUGUUCGUCAUCGGCGGUGGGGAAUUGUACAAGGCGGCCGUUAAUGAUGCGCGGUGCACGGAGGUCCUACUUACAAGAGUCGAGGACCCCAAGGGCGUCCUACCCCAAUGCGACGCCUUUUUUCCCGACCUCACCGGGACCGGGUUCACUACUGUAGCCAUGUCGCCGCCCGAAAAGGAGGGCGACCUCGCCUACUCGUUCCAGACCCUUACCAGAGAAUGUUCAUCUACGAAGUUGGGCGACGUCACGAAUUCAUUGAAAGAAAAACUCGUCGAGAAGCCGCCGCCGGUACCUCCAGUGAACAAGGAGGAGCAGCAGUACCUGGAUCUCAUUAGGGAGAUCCUCGAUUCUGGUGUGGUCCGAGGCGACCGGACGGGCACGGGAACCAAAUCUAUUUUCGGCGCGAGAAUGAAAUUUUCAUUAAGAGACGACGUCUUCCCCCUCCUCACGACGAAGCGCGUCUUCUGGCGCGGCGUCGCGGAAGAGUUGCUCUGGUUCGUGUCUGGGGCGACCAACGGUAAAUUACUACAGGAGAAGAACAUCCACAUCUGGGACGGGAAUGGCUCCCGAGAAUUCCUCGACAAGCGCGGCCUCCCGCACCGGGAAGAGAUGGACCUGGGCCCGGUCUACGGCUUCCAGUGGCGCCACUUCGGUGCGUCCUAUGAGGACAUGCACGCUGAUUAUGCAGGGAAGGGCGUGGAUCAACUCGCGGAGUGCAUCCGCCAGAUCAAGGGCGACCCGAACUCUAGAAGAAUUGUCCUGUCGGCGUGGAACCCGGCGGACCUGCCGGAGAUGGCCCUGCCGCCGUGCCACAUGUUCUGCCAGUUCUACGUGGCCAAUGGGGAGUUGAGUUGCCAGAUGUAUCAAAGAAGCGCGGACAUGGGCCUGGGGGUGCCGUUCAACAUCGCGUCCUACGCUCUCUUGACGCGCAUGGUGGCCCAAAGUACCAAUCUAAAAGCGGGCGACUUCGUCCACGUCAUCGGGGACGCGCACGUCUACCUGAACCACAUCGACGCGCUCGAGGAGCAGCUCAAACGGGCGCCGCGGCCCUUUCCCUCGCUGACGAUCAACGCGGCGAAGAAGGACAUUGAUGCGUUUGAGUACGACGACUUCACGGUCGAUGGCUACAAGCCCUACCCGAAGAUCCAGAUGGAGAUGGCCGUUUAGGGAUACGCGCGUGC